UAAAAGGCGAGUGCUCGUGUUCUGCUCCCCCUAUUCGCCCCACAGCCUCACAGCAGCCAUUUGAAACACACAGAGAGCAGUUGGACUCAAGAUGUCGGACGAAGGUAAACUAUUCAUCGGAGGACUGAGCUUCGAGACCAACGAGGAGUCUCUGGCUGCGGCCUUCGGCAAAUACGGAACCAUUGAGAAAGUGGAUGUGAUCAGAGACAAAGAGACAGGACGGUCUCGUGGUUUCGGCUUUGUGAAAUACGAUAACGCAGAAGAUGCUAAAGAUGCCUUGGAGGCCAUGAACGGCAAGACUCUUGAUGGACGGGCUAUUCGCGUGGAUGAAGCUGGAAAGGGAGGACGCUCCAGAGGAGGUUUUGGCGGCUCAGGACCCCGUGGAGGAAGAUUCAGCGGUUCCCGGGGGAGAGGUGGGCGAGGUUACUCCAGAGGCGGCGGAUACAAUGGAGACAGGAGUUAUGGUGAGAGGAGUUAUGGGGAUAGGAGCUUUGGUGGUGGAGACAGGAACUUUGGCGGUGGCGGAUACAGGAGUGGAGGAUACUCUUCAAGCGGAUACAGAGAAAAUAGGGGACAGGGUGGAUAUGGUGACCGCUCUGGAUCCUACCGCGAUGGAUAUGACAGCUAUGCUACACACGAGUAAGCAUCUCCCUGAUUCAAGAUCAUCACUUGGCUGGCUGUAUUUCAAAGAUGCGCUCCUCAAGAAAAAUGUCCACGUGUUAUUGCUGACCUUUAGUUUUGUAGUUCUGUUGUAGUAGCUCAAGCAUCUUUAAAAAAAAAAAUGUAGCCAUGAAGUUUUGGUCAUUCCUAACGAACCAUGUUAAAACAAAUUGCAGUUCAGGACUCUUUAUCUUGCUUGAUUGGGCAUCAGCCGUCUGUUCACUAAAAGGCAUCUGUGUAAUCUGAUCAAUAUUGUAAGGCCCAAUAUAGGGGACCCAACGACACCUCUCCACAUGGCUUUUCAUUGAUCAGCCACUACUAUCGCUAUAGUUUUGUCCAGCACGUUGAAGUGUUUCCUGAUUUGAUUCCUUAUUUAGUAAUGUUUUUUUUAUAUUGAUAUCUGAUGGGGCUUGUUUUUUUUCCUUUAUUUCCCCUCACGGUCUUUUGUGACUGACCUACCUCAUGCCAGGUUUUAAACUGAGUGAGGGAACAGAUCCAUGUACACUUUAAAUAGACUUUUUGGGGGAUUUUAUGCUAAAUUCCUUUUUACUAUUAAACACUUAGUUUAGCUGGGGCUCCUGUGUGUUCAAUUUCCCAAAAGAGUGAAUUCCUUUCAGACUGGUGAACUACACAUCCGAAGUGGCCGGCUGUUCAUGAAGUUGCAAAUUGCAGCAUGCUACAGUCUGUCCAAGGUAUCUUCUGUGCUCUGCUCAACAUCUGCAUUUUAAAUGUGCUGUAAAAUGGACUAAUCUUGUUAAGUGAUCGAAAAAUGUAACUUCGUUUCCCCAGAGUAAUAUUUCAACCGGGAACAGUUUUGUACUUUAUGUUUGUAUGAUCAACUUUUUUUUUCUUUGUCAGUUUGGCUUCAUGGAGCCUAUUAAACAGACUGUGGAAAAUAA